AUUCAAUUCCUCAAUUCUGUUCCAGGCUUCCAGCCCUCCGGGAUGGACUCCCACCACCCCUCGCCGGAAUACAGCUCGCUCCUCCUCGCCGGCCCUCGUGCUGGCGCUCUGAAACAAGCUCACGCGCGCAUCAUCGUCACAGGCCACAGUCGCUCCCUCCCCUUCAUCACCAAGCUGGCCACGCUCGCCGUCGCAGCGGGCGCCGCCCCGUACGCGCACCUCCUCGCGACCUCCCACCCCGCACCCGACUCCUUCCUCUUCUCCUCCCUCACGCGUACGGCCGCGCACCACGGCCUCCCGGUCGCCGCUAUUGCCUUCUACCGCAUCCUCCUCUCCGCCGCCCUUCCUUUCUCCAGUUUCACCUUCACCGCCGUCGCCAAGGCCUGCGCCGACCUGUCCGCUAUCCGAACCGGCACGGCCAUCCACGCGCACUCCAUCCUCCUCGGGUUUGGCUCGGACCGUUUCGUGCUGACGGCGCUUCUUGUGCUGUACUCCAAGUGCGGCCAACUGGGUGUUGCACGCAAGCUGUUCGAUGCAAUUCGUGAUAGAAGUGUUGUGGCUUGGAAUGCAAUGAUUUCUGGGUACGAACAGAAUGGGCUUGCCGAGCGGGCGAUUGAGGUGUAUAAAGAGAUGCAGGCGGUGAAGGCGGUGCCUGACUCCAUGACGUUUGUAGCCACGCUCUCUGCUUGCGCACAGGCUGGUGCACUGGACCUGGGGCGUGAAGUGGACAGACGUAUUGUUUCUGAAAGAAUGGACAUCAGUGUUUUUCUUGGCUCUGCUCUUGUCAACAUGUAUGCCAGGUGUGGUGUUGUGGACAAAGCUCGCAGAUGGUUCGAUGCGCUCCAGGAGCGGAACGUGGUUACAUGGACUUCCAUGAUCGCUGGAUAUGGAAUGCACGGCCAUGGUCAUGAGGCGAUCAAGCUGUUCCAUUUGAUGAGACGCGAGGGGCCGCCACCCAAUCAUGUCACGUUUGUUGCUGUUCUAUCUGCAUGUGCACACGCUGGGUUAGUUAUGGAGGGCCGUGAUGCUUUUGCUUGCAUGAAGAGGAUCUAUGGACUGGUCCCUCGUAUCGAGCACUAUUGUUCUAUGGUUGAUAUGUUUGGAAGGGCUGGACUUCUUGACGAAGCAAUGCAAUUUAUAAGCGAUUAUAUGCCUGGAGAGCCAGGGCCUGAAGUUUGGACAGCAGUACUUGGGGCAUGCAAGAUGCACAAGAAUUUUAAUCUUGGGGUGGAGGUGGCUGAGCGAUUGAUUGCUCUCGAGCCUGAGAAUCCAUCUUACCAUGUUUUGCUUUCUAAUAUUUAUGCUCUGUCUGGUAAAAUGCACCAUGUUGAGAAGGUGAGGAAUACCAUGAUCAAGAGAAGAUUGAAGAAGCAGAUAGGAUUCAGCUUGAUUGAGCUAGGAGGUACUUCCCAUUUAUUUCGCAUGGGUGAAAAGUCUCAUCCACAGACUACAGAGAUUUACCAGUACUUGGAAGAACUGAUUCAUAGGAUUAGUGCUGCUGGCUACAUGCCUGAAACUGAGUCAGUUCUGCAUGAGUUAGAGGAGGAGGAGAGAGAGGGUGCACUUAGAUAUCACAGUGAAAAACUGGCAGUAGCAUAUGGGCUCAUGAUGAGCGUUGGGAGCACCACUCCUAUCAGAGUAAUAAAAAACCUGAGGAUAUGCGGGGAUUGCCAUCUCGCCAUCAAGUUUAUGUCAUCUGUGGAGAAUCGAGAGAUUGUUGUCAGGGAUAAGCACCGUUUUCACCAUUUUAAAGAUGGCAAGUGUUCGUGUCUGGAAUAUUGGUAACAAACUCUCAUCUGUCGUUAGGUACAGUUGCCUGGUACUAAUAGUAGUUUCUUGGAAAUGAACAACUACAUUCACAUACACUGCCUGUCCUGGAAUUCUGCCAUCAGUUAUCACCAGUACUAGAAGAUAACCUCUUCAGGGUAUUCUACUUCAAGCUGUGGGGUGAUUUUUGUGAUACACAGUCCUGAUAUUGCAUCAAAAUACGAUUGCUUACCUCCAUCCAUUUCAUUGUCAGAUGGGUCCAAUGCUUCUCAUUUUGCUGAACAUCCACAAUUCCAGCGACCUACAUAUUUCUGAACUCCGAACAUAAUUUAAAGGGUCAGGAUGCUGAAAGACAACAAAACAGCUCUGGUAUUCUUUGCUAGCUCAUCCGAAAGACUGAAGAGUGAGGUGAGGGCACAUCAAGUCCAACACCAGUUUUCUGAAGCAAAUUCAUCUGUCUAAUCGAUGCAGCAGGUUGAUUCUUUGAUGUCCAUCUGCCAUGUGAAUACAUUUCUUAUUUUCUUGUGCUCGGAGUUGAUUAUGUGCCUGACUCAUUGCGCUCGGAGAAUUAUCAUGCAAAAGCUGUGUAUAAUCGACUACAUUUGAAGCUUUGCUCUGAAGAUUGCCCACAUUGGUGAGUGGUGACUGACACCCAUUAAGGUCGUGUGUAAGUUUGUAAAUUGCAACUGCUAAACGGCCAAGACCAGAAGAUUAUUGAGUUUCAUGUACCAAACUUUAUAUUCCGUUGAGGAAUAAUGAGCAAAAUACACUUCACUUCAAUGGA